AAGAGAUUCAUACUGCAGAUGCUGCUGGAUAAAAGUGAAAGCCACUACAAGGAUGGAAAUGAAGCCAUUAUGAUGGCCCGUGCCCCAUGCGGCAGGCAGCCCUGGCACACUAUUGGCGAGCAGGCCGGAGCCGGUUGGUGCCCCUGAGGUGGGGAGGAGGGAGGAUCGGCCCCUACCCGCACCAUGGCCUCAGCACGCCGGCCAGCACGGCACGCCGGCCCUCCUGAUGGUGGAUGGGGCUGGAUGAUCGUUGCCGGCUGCUUCCUUGUCACCAUCUGUACCAGGGCCGUGACGAGGUGCAUCUCCAUUUUUUUUGUGGAGUUCCAGGCAUACUUUGGGCAGGAUUAUGCCAGAACAGCUUGGAUUCACUCCAUUGUUGACUGUGCUACCAUGCUCUGUGCCCCACUUGGGAGUUUAAUCAGUAAUCAUGUAUCCUGCCAAGUUGGUAUCAUGCUAGGAGGGCUGCUUGCAUCUACUGGACUAAUUUUGAGUUCAUUCGCCACCAGCCUGGAACAUCUCUACUUAUCAUUAGGAGUCCUUACAGGACUUGGGUUUGCACUGUGUUAUUCUCCAGCCAUCGCGAUGGUGGGCAAAUACUUCAACAAAAGAAAAGCGCUGGCGUAUGGAAUAGCCAUGUCAGGAAGUGGAAUUGGUACCUUCAUCCUGGCCCCUGUGGUCCAGCUCUUAAUCGAGCAGUUUUCCUGGCGUGGAGCUUUGCUCAUCCUGGGAGGUUUUGUUUUAAACCUCUGUGUCUGUGGUGCCUUGAUGCGGCCUAUUGCUCUUAAGGAGGAUUGUAAAUCUACUCCUGAGUUUCUUGAACAGGAUUAUGUCCCCGAAGCACAGAAACGAGACUUAAAGCGAAUGUCCAUCUGUUCACCUUUAAUCAAAGCGUGGUCUCAUGAGUGUUUAUGCUACUGUUCAUGGAAGGAAUAUGACUUUUUACUGAUGCCAGAUUUCAUGGUGCUGGCAGUUUCCAUUUUAUUUAUGGCAUAUGGCUGUAGCCCUCUUUUUGUCUACCUAGUGCCUUAUGCUUUGAGCGUUGGAGUGAGCCAUCACCAGGCUGCCUUUCUCAUGUCCAUACUUGGUGUUAUAGACAUCAUUGGUAAUAUCACCUUUGGAUGGCUAACAGACAGAAGGUGUCUGAAGAAGCAUCGUCACUUUUGCUACCUCUUUGCUGUGGCAAUGGAUGGCCUUUGUUGUCUCUUCCUGCCAGUUCUCCAAAAGUUCCCCUUGCUUGUGCCUUUCUCAUUUACCUUUGGCUACUUUGAUGGAGCCUACGUAACGCUGAUCCCUGUUGUGACAGCAGAUGUAGUGGGAACUUCUUCCUUAUCAUCAGCACUGGGUGUGGUGUAUUUUCUGCACGCUAUUCCAUAUCUAGUGAGCCCGCCUGUUGCAGGUUGGCUUGUGGACACAACUGGCAGCUAUACUGCCUCAUUCCUCCUGUGUGGAUUUUCUAUGAUAUUUAGUUCCAUGUUACUGUGCUUUGCAAGACUAGCAAAGAAAAUCAAAAGAACAGAUUUGCAGUCGCUCACCAGUGAUGCUGGCACCAAACACCAUAUCUGGACAAAUGGAGCAAUAGCUUAUUCUGUCACAGCAGAAUUAGAUCAAAAGGAUGUUGAAUUUUUGGCUGUGGAAACAAACAGCUACAGCAAUAGAUGACAAGUGCUAUCAAGAUUUAGUGCUGCACAGCUGGGGCUGAGAGGGAGGUGGCUCUAUAGUGUUACACUGUUGAAGAUAUUACUCCUGUGAAACAAGGCAUUUCUCAAUUAGAUUUUUUUUCUGUUGUGUCUUAAUUGGCUAAAAUCUACAUGCAGAAACAGUAACACCAAGUUAAUGAAGUAACAGAAGAAAACUAAAGUGAAAUUGGAGUUUGUUAGACAAAAGUGUUUGUAGAUUUAUUUUAAAUGCAGCACGGCGACCCCGUGGGUAAUCUUAAAAAUGGUAAUUGGCUACAAUCACAGCAAAACUAUGACAUAAUCAGCCACUGAACAGUGAAGUUUAAAUUAUUUUUAAAAUAGGUAUAAGAAACAAGCUUUUAGGUGUUCUGGUCUAUUAUGUUUCCAGUCACAUACACCACCAAAAAACCUCCACGUUUAUCAGUCUACAAUAAAAUUUUUGGUUGUUGGGUUCUUUUUAGGACAUCUGUCAGGAAACUGAUUUCUGCCAAAAGUAUUUGUGGAGCAGUUUUAAUUUUUACAGUGUGUGUGAAUUUUGUACAUAAGAUGUAAUUUAAUUUCAAGUAUCAUUUUAGAUCUGCUUUCUACCCCCCCCCGCCCCGUAGCAAAAUUUGGAGGUGAUUGCUGCUUUUUUUCCUGAAUAUCUUUAAAGCUUGAAGUUGUAAACAUUGAUAUGAUCCUCCAGCUGACCCUUGUCUAGGAGGGUGGAAGAAAUACUGUAGCUCUUCUUAUAUCUGAAGAGGAGUAAAUUUGUGCCAGGGGACUAAGCACACCAAUAGACAAAUCUGCUUUAGUUGCAUUAGUUAGAAGAAGUCCAAAGGCAGACCAGGAGACCAGAGGUGUUUUUUCCAAAUACACAGAACCUCUUCCUUCUGUAAAACCAGUAGCUGUGGAAGAAAGUUAGACUCUGUGCAAGCAGGUGACUGAGAAACUGCCCACUUCACAGGCUAUUAGUAAAGAGGAUGUUGGCAGACCAAGUUGUUUCUGUGUGCUGCAGUGGCAACUCUGCCUCUUUUUGGACCCAGGAGCUUUAUCUUCAAAUGGUGCAAAUGACUUGUUUGUGCCAGCUGAAGAGCUAAUCAGGUCACUUGUCCUGGAUGCCCAUAACAGCUGGGGUUUGCUGAUGGUUUCCUGCUUCUUGUGGGCGGAAUAUAUUACAGCUGGCUGCUUCAUGGGAUCUACAGGCUCAAUGUAACUCAAUGGAGUAAAUCGCUGAUGUGAUAAUUUAAUAAAUUAUGGGAUGUUUCUCUAUUUUCAGAGUGAUACCACUGUCAGAAAUGAAGGAAUUUCACAUUCUGCAAUGCAAAUCACUUAUGUGUUUUAAUGCUGAAUAGAACUGCAUUCUGUUCAUUAGCAAAUUGAUCAGAGUCCAAAUAAUUCCUAUCAACGCUGAGUGAUAGUUUUUGUUAAUCGUCUGCAGUGUACUCCAUGGUUGCUCAUGGUGUUCUGUUCCAGUCUGCAUCUCAGAAGGGAAAGCAAAAUAGACUGAUGUUCACAAGUUUCAUUUAGAUCAAGAGCACAGCCAGAGUGGUAUAAUGUGUUUUUUAAUAUGUAGAUAU